CCCGCGCUUUCGUAACAAUCAUGACGUUUCGUACCGCACGUUUGAGAGGUCGUCUCUGAAGCUGUCUAGAGACCUCCCUCACGCUCGCAGCAGUCUGCAUGAGUCUGCUAUGCGACAGUUGAUCGUCGCCUUUGAUUUCCUCCAGCACCUUUUCUAUAUUCACGGCAUCUCCAAAUCUUUUGUGGAAAAAGCAAGGGCUGGUCAGAGCAGCUAGCCUUGCGAUGGACGGUACAUCCGAACUCAUGCUGAAUCUCGCCCUGGUUGCCGAAAGAUCUUCCUGUUCUCGCGGCGUUCGCGACCGCUUCUCCUCGAGAAUCUCUUCGGCAACAGUGUAGGCUACCAUGACCUGGGGUGCAGGCAUAGGGACUCGGGCGGCGCCUGUGGAAAAUCGUCGCGGUGUGCUGUCGAGCAUGGGCAUUCCAUUUGGGCGAUCGAAUGAAUCUCGUCGCAAAGGCGUCCUCGCGAGUGCCUCGCCCAUUGCAGUACGCGGCGUGAUUUGGCCGCCAUUGUGAGGCGAGCUAGUCUGCGAUUUUCGAUCUUCCAUGGCGGCUUCGCGAGAUGUUGGAAUUACAGCAUGUGCGCCGCAGAGAAGAACACGUGGAUUCGUAGAGUGGUAGAUGAUAUGCGAUGCGGUCUAUGUUCGGCGUUCAACGGAGAUGGAUGGCUACCGCUGAAAGAUGGUGAUAAGAUGGAGGACGGUCGCACUGGUCUUAGUCGAGGCCAUCGUGAUGGACGAGAUGAUUUGGACAUCUGUCUGACCGGCUGGACGCCCAUCCUUCCUUCAGUCGUUGUGACCGGCUCUGGGGCCGGCGCCGGCAGGCUUUGUUCGCGGCUCCAAACCACGCAUCAUGCCCGGCCCGGCAGCCGUCGAUAA